GAGACUUCCCUGUUUCCCGUGCUGCGCUGGGACCCGCUGUGAGGAGAGCCGAGCGAGCUCGUGCUAUGCCAUGGAUGCAGUGACCUAUGAGGAUGUGCAUGUGAACUUCACUCAUGAAGAAUGGGCUUUGCUGGAUCCUUCCCAGAAGAGUCUCUACAAAGAUGUGAUGCUGGAAACCUGUGAUAAUCUUACUGCUAUAGGCUACAAAUGGGAAAACCAGAAUAUUGAAGAACAUUGUCAAAGUUCUAGAAGACAUGGAAGGUAUAUCAUCUGUCACUCAGGAUACAAGCCAUGUGAUCCUAAGGGAUAUGAAAAGAAGCAAUGUACCUCUUUUUCUCCCAGAAAAAUUGGAAGAUAUGUAGUAGUUCCCACUAUGAGAAGACUUUGUAAAUGUGAUACAAGUGUACCAUUAAUUGGAUUUCCAACUGCAGUGGGAAUGCAUCUACAUUUUUACACUGGAGAAAAACCUCAGGAGUACAGGGAAUAUGGAAAAUUUUCUGUUUGUCCUGGUUCAUGUUGCAUAUGUAAUGUGACUCACACUACAGGAAAAUUUUAUGAAUGCGAUCAAUGUCUUAAAGCUCUGAGUUCUUCUAGCUCUAUUCAAAGUGAUGAAAAAACUCAUACGAGAAAAGGACACUAUAAAUGUGAGCGAUGUACUAAAGUCUUUAAUGAUUAUAAGUCUCUUCAAACACACAAAAAAUCCCAUAAUGAAGAAGAAACCUAUGAAUGUAAACAACUUGAUAAAUCAUUUAGAUCUGAUUCCUCUUUACAAUUAUACCAAAGACCUCUUUUGAAAAUGAAAUCCUGUGAAUAUAAUCAAGGCAAUAAAGACUUUGCACAUUACAAUCAUCUUAAAGUACCCAGAACUCAUACUAGAAAAAAACAGUAUGAAUGUCAUCAAUGUGGAAAAGCCUUUGCACGCCCUAGUCAUUGUCAAAUACAUGAAAGAACUCAUACUGGAGACAAACCCUAUGAAUGUAAUCAAUGUGGCAAAGCCUUUUCACAGAACAGUCUUCUUCAGAGGCAUGAAAGAAGUCAUUCUGGAGAGAAACCCUAUGGGUGUAAUCAGUGUGGUAAAGCCUUUGCACGAAAAAGUCAUCUUCACCGGCAUGAAAGAAGUCAUGCUGGAGAGAAACCUUAUGAAUGUAAUCAAUGUGGUAAAGCCUUUGCACAUAACAGUCAUCUUCACAGGCAUGAAAGAAGUCAUUCUGGAGAAAAACCCUAUGAAUGUCAUCAAUGUGGUAAAGCCUUUGCUCAAAAAAGUCAUCUUCGCAGUCAUGAAAGAAAUCAUACUGGAGAGAAACCCUACGGAUGUAAUCAGUGUGGUAAAGCCUUUACAUGUUCAAGUAGUCUUAAACAGCAUGAAAGAAGUCAUACUGGAGAGAAACCCUAUGAAUGUCAUCAAUGUGAUAAAGCCUUUAUAGAUCCUAGUAGUCUUAAACAACAUGAAAGAUGUCAUACUGGAGAGAAACCCUAUGAAUGUAACCAAUGUGGUAAAGCCUUUGCAAGUAAUGGCAAUCUUCAAAGGCAUGAAAGAAGUCAUACUGGAGAGAAACCAUAUAAAUGUUGUCAAUGUGGUAAAGCCUUUUCAACUCGCAGUUAUCUUCAAAUGCAUGAAAGAAAUCAUACUGGAGAGAAACCCUAUAAAUGUGACCAAUGUGGUAAAGUCUUUGCACAGAAAGGUUAUCUUCAGAAACAUAAAAAAAAUCAUACUGGAGAAAAACCCUAUAGAUGUAAUCAGUGUGGUAAAACUUUUGUACAGAGUUGUCAUCUUCAAAAUCAUGAAAAAAUACAUACUAGACAGAAAUGUCAUGAGCCUAAUAAAAGAAGUAAACUUUUGCACACCAGGCAAAAACUCCAUCAUUUUGGAGAGUCCAGUGCUAUGGGGUGUCAACCAAGACUAUCAGCAGUGAAGUGGAGCCAGUCAGAGCCUAGAAGAGAAGUUUUGUGUACUGUAGAGGGUGUAGCCAGAGAAGUGACCCAAACUCUUUGGAGAAGCCCUGAUGAUAGUGAGUGUAUCCCAGUCCUUGGAUGUUGAGUUAGUUAUACUGUCAAGAGUUUGGUUUUGUUUUUUUCAGGUUGUGACUACCAUGCUUCUUUCUUGAAGAAAGAAGAUAUUUAAUUUUGACUUUUUCCAAGUUGAAAGAAUUUUUA